CGAUAUCACCGAUCAGAGGCCAUUUGGAAUGGCGAGGACCCGGGCCCACUUGUGUGCCGUGGUCGCACUAAGGAGAUGGCAAACGUUCAGAUGGAAGAUAAUCGGGUGAUUGACAUUAUCAAAUUGCUAAGGUUGGAAGGAUUGUUUAGAGCCCCUUCCAAAGAGAUCGAUUAUUGCCUAAUAUCGGCCCUAGUUGAGCGAUGGCGGCCGGAGACUCAUACGUUUCAUCUUCCACAUGGUGAGAUGACAAUCACCCUACAAGAUGUGGAGGUAAUUUUUGGACUUCCUAUAGACGGUGAGGUCUUGGUUGGACCGACUGCUGUGGAGGAUGGGACUUGGAGGGAUGUGUGCGGGGAGUUGCUUGGAUUUACUCCGCCGAAUGACAAUAAAACUUUGGUGGGCCAAAGAAUUCUCAUCAGCCGACUUGUUGAGGCCAUUGCAGCACCACUGCCUGAGGACGCAACAGAGAUUCAGAUACACCGGUAUGCCCGGUGCUAUAUUUUAGCGCUAGUAGGGGAUAAACUUUUCAUGGACAAGUCAGGAGAUAGGGUGCAUCUGAUGUUCUUGGAGUUUAUGCGCAACCUUCGUGAUCCGCGGCAGUAUAGUUGGGGUAGUGGUUGCUUGGCCUGGUUGUACAGGGAGUUGUGUCGAGCUAGUGAGAAAGGCGCAUCGCAGAUUGGUGGGGCGUGCACCUUGGUCCAGUAUUGGGCAUGGGCAAGGUUGCCAUUCUUGUGCCCGAGGAUAGAGCCCCCACCUGGAUGUGAUUAUGGCCCAUGGCCAUAUGCUCCACUUGCAUUUAAGUGGGUGCGGGUGCGAAGCCCGAAGAGUAGGCCAGGUGGCACGGCCUUGAUCCGCUAUCGCGAGCAAUUAGUGACAAUGCAGCCAGACCAGAUUGUGUGGCAGCCAUAUGAGGCAGACUUCGGCCACCUUCCUGAGUUCUGCGUUGCAGGGAGGGAUACGUGGACAGCCAGGGUGCCGCUUCUAUGUUUUUGCAUAGUAGAGAGACACUACCCGGACCGUGUCCUUCGACAGUUUGGGUUGGCGCAGCAGCAGCCUGACGAUGUUUUCUACGAAGAUAGACUGCAUAAAAUUGACUUACGUGGGAAGGUGGAAAAGAAUUGGAGGGAGGAGCAUGGACCGUAUAUCAUUUCAUGGGAAAUGAGACGACAACAACUUUGUCAUGCACCUCCUCAGAUUGGUGAGAUGCCCCGCGAUCAUGCCUAUUACGUCUGGUACCGUCCGGUCACUCGAAAGUAUGUCGACCGCAACAGCGCUAAAUUAGAUAUAAUGAUUCAAAGCCAUUUAGCGCUGUUGGCGAUGCUUCCUGAAGGCAGCGAAGCUCACAACCAUGUUCGGCGUGUCCUAAAUAAUGUGGUUGGCCUUGGUCGUGAUCCUGUAGCAAAUGAGGAGGCAGACAAUGGCCAUGAGACUGAACCAACAGCUACUGAAAUCCCAAGCACAAGCGCAGCACCCAUAAGUACACGGACCCGUGCUCAGCGUGCUAUUGCAAGCCCAAGCACAAGCGCAGCUAGGGGCCGUGGUCGGCCUGCUACAGCAAGCCCAAGUACAAGUGCAACCAGGGGCCGUGGUAUGCCUGCUACAGCAAGCCCAAGCACAAGUGCAGCUAGGGGCCGUGGUCGGCGUGCAACAACCCCUCGGGUUGUAACUAGUCCUGAGAUGCCUGCACCCAUCCCGCACUCAUCUCCUCAGCUUGAGGUCCCUCCACACAUCCCAGAUGCAUCUCUUCAGCCCGAGGUCCGUUCACCUAGCCCACCUUCGCAGCCCAAUUUUGAUCUCGGUAUUGAUUACAAUGUGACCCCUCCUAUACUCCCCGAGACACCCUCUUACCCACCUACCAGCUCUACUGCACCCACUCCUGGCCUCUACUUAGAGCAUCAUUACCCACCUACCGCAUCUUCAUCUGACCCUCUGGGACCUCCGGUUGGGAUUGACACUGUACAGCCACAUACUGAUGUACCAAACGAGCAUCCCCCUCAUCAGCCCUCACCUCCACGAGGUAGACCGCAGCGCACUAGAAGAGCACCCACUUGUGGGACAGGUGGACACAAAAUAGGACACCGAGGUAGCUCUAUGCAUGAUGAUGAGCCUAAGGAUGAUGCCCCGCAGCCUCCUCCCCCGCCCAAACAUUACACAAGGGUUAAAAAACGCAAAAUUGGCGAACCUUGAGCAAAGGGUAAAGAAAAAGAGGAGCUUGCUGAGACAAUGGAUAAGCUAAAUAUUGAGGGAUCAUCAUCUGGCCAGGCUGGGACUUCGUCAACCAACUUCAAGAGAAAACCAGUUAUCAUCAUUGUUGUAGGGAUGGCAGGGAGUGGAAAAACAACGUUUCUUCAUCGGUUGGUUUGCCACACCGAAGCUUCGAAUAUUAGGGGUUAUGUCCUCGGCUGGUGAUUAUAUAUCUCUGGAUUGGUUUAUGUUCUCAUUUCAAAAUCUUUUACCCUCAUUUAUUGUUUGUUCCAUUUUUCACCAAGUAUUUGUUUGUAUAAUGAUCUUUAUGAUGCCUUGUAUCAGGUUGUUUCUGUUAUCGAGAAGCGAGCUGAUCAGCUUGAUUAUGUUCUUGUGGAUACUCCUGGACAAAUUGAAAUAUUUACUUGGUCUGCUUCUGGUGCUAUUACUACAGAAGCUUUUGCUUCAACCUUCCCUACUGUUGUCACUUAUGUAGUUGAUACGCCUCGUUCCUCAAGUCCAGACACUUUCAUGAGCAAUAUGUUAUAUGCUUGUAGUAUACUUUACAAGACAAGGUUGCCUCUUGUGCUGGCAUUCAACAAGACUGAUGUGGCUCAACAUCAAUUUGCCUUGGAGUGGAUGGAUGACUUUGAGGCCUUUCACGCAGCAGUAAGUUCAGACAGCUCAUACACAUCUACUCUAACUCAGAGCCUUGCCCUUGUGCUGGAUGAGUUCUACAAGAAUUUACGGUCAGUUGGUGUGUCUGCUGUUUCUGGUGCUGGAAUAGAUGCCUUCUUCAAGGCCAUUGAAGCAAGUGCCGAGGCUGAUCUUGACAAGAGAUGGGCAGAGAAGCAACGUUUGGAGGAAGAUCGCAGGAAGGAGAACUUGGAUAAAUUGAGGAAGGAUAUGGAGAAAUCUGGGGGAGAAACUGUUGUCUUGAGCACUGGUCUGAAGGACAAAGGAGAUAGGAGUAAAACCAUGAUGGAUGAGGAAGAUGAAGAAAUAGAAGAUGAUGAUGAUGAUGAUUAUGAGAGAUUUACUGAUGAUGAAGAUGCUAUAGAUGAGGAUGAGGAUGAAGAUGAAGAAGUUUCCAAAUUCUCCUUUUAGUACAGCUACAAUGCUAACAAAAUUUUCUUGAAGCAAAACUUUGUAUAGAAUUUUCACUAGUGACUAAUGUACUAAACCACUGAUUUAACGGCAUAUAGUUUUGCAUAACGUGUGAUUCAACGUUUACAUCACUCAUUUUUGCGUAGGUAAGUUAUUAAAGGCGCUGCUGUUUGGUUUGAUAUGGUAUGCAUAACUUUGUAA